GAGGAUCUCUGCCGGUCCAGGACUACGGGGGCUCGGUCCCCGGCUCCACCCCAUCAUGUGGCCGGCCCGGCUCCGCCUCUGCUCUAGUUCCUGUUUCGGCCUCCGCUGUCCUGCUCCGGCCCCUGGGACUCCCCGCAGACGCUUCUCUUCCUGCUCCGCUGGGGCCGCCUCUUCCUGGGCGCCCUCGUCCUGCAUCCUGCUCUCCCUGCUGGGGGAUGGGGCCGCCCCCGGGCUUGGGCCGGCCGGACUGGGGCCCCCGAGGCGCCUCGACCCCGCAGUGACCGCCCGGCCCGCCUGGUGCCACCGUCCCCAGGAUGAAGGGCGGCGAGGGGGACGCAGGCGAGCAGGCCCCGCUGAACCCGGAGGCUGAGAGCCCUGCGGGCUCGGCCACGUACCGGGAGUUCGUGCACCGCGGCUACCUGGACCUUAUGGGGGCCAGUCAGCACUCGCUGCGGGCGCUCAGCUGGCGCCGUCUCUACCUCAGCCGGGCCAAGCUCAAAGCCUCCAGCCGCACGUCUGCCCUGCUCUCGGGCUUCGCCAUGGUGGCCAUGGUGGAGGUGCAACUGGAGAGCGACCACGAGUACCCGCCAGGCCUGCUGGUGGCCUUCAGUGCCUGCACCACCGUGCUGGUAGCUGUGCAUCUCUUUGCACUCAUGGUCUCCACAUGUCUGCUGCCUCACAUUGAAGCCGUGAGCAACAUCCACAACCUCAACUCUGUCCAUCAGUCACCACACCAGAGACUGCACCGCUACGUGGAGCUGGCCUGGGGUUUCUCCACUGCCCUGGGCACCUUUCUCUUCCUUGCUGAGGUUGUCCUGGUUGGUUGGGUCAAGUUUGUGCCCAUUGGGGCUCCCUUGGACACACCGACCCCCAUGGUACCCACAUCCCGGGUGCCCGGGACUCUGGCACCAGUGGCCACCUCCCUUAGUCUAGCUUCCAAUCUCCCACCAUCCUCUGCAUCUGUAGCACCAUCCCAGGCUGAGUCAGUCUGCCCACCCCGGCAAGCCUGUGGUGGUGGUGGGGGCCAUGGGCCCGGCUGGCAAGCAGCCAUGGCCUCCACGGCCAUCAUGGUACCUGUGGGGCUUGUGUUUGUGGCCUUUGCCCUGCAUUUCUACCGCUCCUUAGUGGCACACAAGACCGACCGCUACAAGCAGGAGCUAGAAGAGCUGAAUCGCCUGCAGGGGGAGCUGCAGGCUGUGUGAGGCUGGUGUUAGUCACCGCUGCAGGCACUGCCUCCCUCCAGGGUCUGCAAGAGGCCCUGGGGGCCUACAGACCUCAUUCUUCCCAUCCCCUGGCUGGAGCCACUUCCAGAGGCCACUCUCAGGUAGAGGUCAAAUUCCUGCCUGCAGGGUCCUUUGGGCCUUGGGGCAGCUCCCACAUUCCCAGGGAUUUUCCCCAUCAGUCUGUCCCUUGGGUUUUGCAAGCUACUCUGCGCCUGGGCUGGCCUCAGUUGAAGGGUCAUGCAGUAGAUAGAGGGGAGGCAGGGAGACCUUGUGGGACCUUCGGUUGUGACCUCGGCCACCACUUCCAUUCCUAUACAGGAUGUGAAGGUCAGAAGGCAGCCAGCCCAUACUUUAAUUUUUUUUUUUUUUUAAGACAGUCUCCUUCUGUUGCCCAGGCUGGAGUGCAGUGACACAGUCACAGCUAACUGUAGCCUCAACCUUCCAGGCUCACGAGAUCCUCCCAACCCAGCCUCCCAGGUAGCAUGAAGCUGGUACUAUAGACACAUGCUGCCACACCUAAUUUUUUUUUUUUUUUUUUAGGUAGAGAUGGGGUUUUGCCAUGUUCCCAGGCUGGUCUCAAAUUCCUGGGCUCAAGUGAACCUUCUGCCUCAGCCUUCCAAAGUGCUGGGAUUCCUUGCUUUAUCUUUGUAGAAUCUAUUUUAUCGUUGGCAUUUUUGGGGAAGAUUUUCUCCAUCCCUAGAUUUUGAUGCUUUCCACAUUCCACAUUCUUGCUGUAGUUGUUGCAGAGGGAUUUGGGUGUUUCUAUCCCAGGCAUUGGUCUAGCUUUUCCUAUGAUGAGCCUCCCUAUCUUUGGAGGUUCAAGCUCCCCCGCUUCCCCCACCGUGGUGACCUGUGGCCACUCACAGGAGGGAUGGUGCCUGACCCACUGCCUUAGCCCCACGCUAUGCACCAAACUUGUUCUCCCCUUCCUGGGCCAGGGCUGGGGUCUUUAGAGACUGAUAGCCAGUGCACCAGGCCUGACUCCUUAGCAGGAGUUGAGUGAGGAGGUUUUAAGGGAGAAGGUCCAGUCCUUAGCCCUUGGAAUACAGAGCUCUUCUGACAGUGAAUUUGGAUGCACCUUGUUUUGUAUAAUAAAUUGUGUUUCACAGA